UAUUCAGUAUUCUUUUCCAUUUGCUUCUGUAAAUGGAAACAUACUCAAUCAAAAGGAUUUAAUUUCACUUUAAUUUUAACCACACGAAAAUAUAAGAAAGAUUUCGAAUAUAAAUAAAUAUAUUUUUUGAAAUAACAAAUUUUUGACAGACUUAUUUUAUAUUACAGUCAAAUAAGAUCGAUUUGAGUUUCGUUUCUGUAUUCUUUUUUAAAAACAUUUCUUUCUUUUGUCAAAGGUGUGAAUGCACCCUAAAGUCAGAUACAUAAACAAACAGUUGAGUUGAGAACCUAUAAUUUUUGCAAAUUUUUGUGAUUUGUGCUUUUUCGUUAGUUAGAUUUUAGACUGUUAGUGUUUCUUACAAGUUUCAAAGUUUUCAGCUGCAUAGCACGUGCCCAAGGUUUAAUAUUAUUUAAUUCUCAAAACGAAAGGAUCCUAAAAUUUUCGAAGAAAACUAUUUACGUUAAGUGUUAAUGAACUAUGUCAGCUAAAAUCGCUAAAAUCGCUAAAAUGGAUAACACCUCAAUGCUUACUGAUACAGAGGAGAAAAAUUAUAUUUCACAAGCAAAGUAUCGUCACUAUUCAUUAAAGUGGACCAUCAAUGAAUUCGACUUGGUUUGCAACACCAUGAAAGCGAUUGAAUCUCCAAGAUUUCCUGCGACACCAACAAAAGAAGGACAAUGGUUUUUUCGAUUGGAACUCGUAAAAUUGGAGCAAAACAAUGACGAGAUAUUUAAAAUUAUAUUAAGCAACACAUCUAAAAUGAAAACGAUUAUAGAAUGUGAUCAUAAUAUUUUUAAUUCUUCAAAAAUCGGACUUGGUUUUCACGCUACUGAGUUUAUUAUUAAGCUUGAAAGAUUUUGGACUAAAUCUGGAUCAGACAUGUUUAAACAUUUAGAAUGGGAUAAAGUAGAAGAUAAAACUGUUACAUUAAUUUGUAAACUUAGCGUUUUUGAUUCUUUUAACGAUAUUAUUCCAAAGCAAUUGACUCAUGUAAAAGAAGACAAUCUUCUCAAUCAAAUUGAAUGUUUUUAUGAUGAUCAAACAUUCAAAGACGUUACUCUCAGAGUUGAUGACAAAGAAUUCAAUGCUCACAAAACAAUCCUAAUUCUUCGCAGUCCAGUAUUCGCAGCAAUGUUCAAAUCCAAAAUGACUGAAGAGCAAACUUCAAGUGUCGAAAUCAAAGAUAUAAACCCAACGAUUUUCCAAAAAAUGCUUCGCUUCAUUUACACUGAAAAAGUAGAGGAUUUAGAAGACUCAGCAGCUGAACUUUAUUACGCAGCAGAAAAGUAUCAACUUGGAAAACUAAAAACGAUGUGCAUAAACAGUUUAUACAAAAAUUUAUCUACAGAUUCAGUUAUAGAAACCCUAAAACUAGCGGAAAUUUUUUCAAUCUUCGAUUUAAAGCGAAAAGCUUUUGAAUGUUUAGCUUCGAAUUUAGAAGAAUUAAAAGAAACUCACGAAUUUUUACAAUUGGCAGAAAAUUUUCCACAUUUCUAUAAAGAAAUCAGCAAAGUGCAAAAAGUGAACAAUGAUUGUAAAAUGAACUGUGCUGUUCAGCAUUCCGCAGCGACCAAAUAUGAAUUAAAAUUUAAAUUAAUUUAAAGAAGUUGAAAAAGUAAUUUUCAUCGUUAUAAUUAAACAUUAUUUUAUUUUAUGAAAAACAUUAAAAAUGUUAAACAUUAUUGUAGUGCUUAUCACCAAAAAAUUAUGAUUUUAUACAUCGUUGUAAAGUUUGCGCAUAGAUUCAAUAAUUUUCUUUUAUUACUUUUAUAUUGAUUUUUCUUUAUUUUAAACAAACAAUAAAAAAGAAAAUGUUUCAUGUGUUUUGUUAAUCGUCAAUUCUAAAUUGAAUCUUUCUUUAAAAAUGUAUAAAAUAUGUGCAUUUAUUUUGUGUUUAUAAAUAAACUGAAUAUUGCAUAAAGAGAAAUUGUAUAUUUAAAUUAAAUAAGUAUUA